GAAGUUUAAAAGUCUUUCCUUUACCGUUUCUUCUGCGUUUGAAUUUUCUAACACCCCAAGGAAAGUUCUUGAAUUUUCUAUUGGUUCUUGAAUUUUCUCUCCGUGUUCAAAGGGUUUCUCGUCGAUCUAAUUCUUGUGAUUUUCAACUUUUUUUGUUUUGUUUUGGAGAUUCCUUUUUCCUCUUUGAUCAUCAUCAUCGUCUAGGGUUUCUAUUUGUAGCAAUGAGGAAGCCGAAGAAGCUAGACUUGUGUGUCUCUCUGACAAAGCAGAGAUCAGUUCAGAUACUAAUAUCAGUUGGGUUUCUCUACAUGCUUCUCAUCACACUUGAAAUCCCAUUCGUUUUCAAAACAGGGUUCAGCACUUUAUCUCAAGACCCGUUAACCCGACCCGAGAAACAAAACAGCCAGCGUGAGUUACAAGAAAAGCUACCUCCAAGCCGACCAUUAAAGAGUUUGCUUUUUCAAGGGUCUGAGUCUGAACCACCCGAGGGUUUAAGGAGGAGGAGGAGUCGGAUCCUGUCUACUUUAAAGUUCGACCCGGAAAAUUUUAACCCGUCGGUGGAGCUCCACAAAUCCGCUAAAGUAGCUUGGGAAGUUGGUAGGAAGCUAUGGGAAGAUCUUUCCUCUGGAAAGUCUUUGGAGAAGAGUAAGGAUCAUGUCUCAAAGUCAACCCCAUGCCCACUCUCGGUUUUCUUAACCGGGUCGGAUCUUGUAAACCGUGGGAGUCUCAUGGAGCUUCCUUGCGGGUUAACUCUCGGGUCACAUAUCACAGUGGUUGGGAAGCCACGUGCUGCUCACUCGGAGAAAGAUCCGAAGAUAUCAUUGUUGAAGGAAGGAGAGGUCUCACAGUUUAAGCUUGAGCUUCAGGGCUUGAAAGCAGUGGAAGGAGAAGAGCCACCUCGGAUCCUCCACUUGAACCCGAGGCUUAAGGGUGAUUGGAGUGGUAGGCCUGUGAUUGAGCAGAACACUUGUUAUAGGAUGCAGUGGGGUUCUGCACAAAGAUGUGAAGGUUGGAGAUCUAGAGAUGAUGAAGAAACUGUUGAUGGUCAGGUGAAGUGCGAGAAAUGGGUUCGUGAUGAUAGCAUUGCAUCUAAAGAAGAGCCUACCAGCAAGGCGGAUACAUGGUGGCUUAGUAGAUUAGUAGGUCGAAGCAAGAAAGUGAACGUUGAAUGGCCAUUUCCAUUCACAGUUGACAAGCUUUUUGUGCUUACACUUAGUGCUGGUUUGGAAGGUUUUCAUGUUAGUGUCGAUGGGAAACACAUUACUUCCUUCCCUUACAGAACUGGGUUUACGCUUGAGGAUGCUACUGGUUUAAUUAUUAACGGAGACAUUGAUGUUCACUCGGUUUUCGCUGGCUCUCUACCGACAUCACACCCUAGCUUCUCUCCUCAGAGGUAUCUUGAGCGCUCGAGAAACUGGCAAGCUCCAUCGCUCCCUGAUGGCCAAGUUGAUAUGUUCAUUGGGAUUCUUUCUGCUGGUAACCAUUUUGCUGAGAGGAUGGCUGUGAGGAAGUCGUGGAUGCAACAUAAGUUAGUUAAAUCUUCUAAAGUUGUUGCGCGGUUCUUUGUUGCGUUGCACACGAGGAAGGAAGUGAAUGUGGAGUUAAAGAAGGAAGCUGAGUUCUUUGGAGACAUAGUUAUAGUCCCUUACAUGGAUAGCUAUGACCUUGUUGUCCUCAAAACUGUUGCCAUCUGCGAGUAUGGGGCUCAUCAGCUUGAUGCUAAAUACAUCAUGAAGUGUGAUGAUGAUACAUUUGUACAAGUAGAUGCGGUUCUUAGUGAAGUGAAGAGAACACCUGCUGAUAGAAGUUUAUACAUUGGUAACAUCAAUUAUUAUCAUAAACCACUUCGUCAGGGUAAAUGGGCUGUUACAUAUGAGGAAUGGCCGGAGGAAGAUUAUCCACCUUAUGCUAAUGGACCGGGGUACAUUUUGUCAAAUGAUAUCUCUCGCUUCAUUGUAAAAGAGUUUGAGAAACAUAAACUAAGGAUGUUCAAAAUGGAAGAUGUGAGUGUGGGAAUGUGGGUGGAACAAUUCAACAAUUGGACCAAACCGGUGGAUUACAUUCACAGCCUCAAGUUUUGUCAGUUUGGUUGCAUAGAGAAUCACUUGACUGCGCAUUACCAGUCGCCGAGGCAGAUGAUUUGUUUGUGGGAUAAGUUUGUUUUGACGGGAAAACCUCAGUGCUGCAACAUGAGAUGACACAAACCAAAACACUCUGUUUCUCUUUUGGUUUGUAAGAGGAAGAUAGAAAUGCAAAAAAAGUUUUUUGGUUUUAGUAGCACUCCAUAUUGAGGCAUAUCACUUUGGUUGUAGUAUAUCUUCUUUUGAUCUUGGAGAACGAUAUCUAAAAUAUAUGUUCUUUUUUUUUGUAAAGAUCUAUUAAUAUUCAUUCAUUCUUAUUUUAUUAUGGUUAGACAUUCAUAUUAAUUGUUUGACCCAAAAAAAGACAUCA